CACAGAUAUGGAUUAGAUAAUUUUACGAAGUUGAACUUUUGUGUGAAAUUUCAAUAUUUUUCUGCCAAUUUUAUCAAUAAAUAUGUGUGCAUGUACCGUUGAAGUUGUGAAACUGGUGGGAAAAUAUUUAAAUACACCAGUGGGCCCAAUAUGUUAUAACACCGAUAAGGUGUUAACAACGGUUCUUGAUAAGCAGAAUGUGGAAGGUUUCGCUAGCAUUUUGUUGAGGUUAGCAUCGAAGUGUGGAUGUCCAAUGAGUCAAGAACAGACGCUGCUCUGCUAUCAAUGGUUGGAGCACAUUGCUAUGUAUUCAAACCAAGCGAUCACGAACCCCACGUUCGCCAAAAACUUCUUACAGGACAUCAAUAAGGCACUAGAAAAAAACACUUAUUUGACUGGACAGUUCCUAACAGUAGCAGAUAUAGCAGCUUAUUAUGUAUUAUAUUCGAUACUGGAACGUUUAUCAGUGUCGGAACGUGAAUCUCUUCUGCAUUUGUGCCGAUGGUCCAAACACAUUCAAGCUCAGCCAAGAGUGUGUGCCAGUAAACCACCUCUUCCAUUGAAUACUUUGACAUUGUGUCUGCUUGCACCAGCGGUGCAUUGAAUGUACUGAAUUAUAAAUUAUGUGACAUUAAUUUAUUAAAUAAUUGUAUUAUUUA